GCCCUCGUCCGGUCCGCCUAGAAGGUCCCUCACCUUCAUCGUCCUCCGUACUCUCCAACCACCAAAGUACAAACAAAACACCAAAGAGCCAUGGCAUACUCCCUCCCCACGCCCUUCACCCCCAACCACAGCGAGUUCGCUGCCCUCGACCCCUCGCGCGUCCCUGAUGGCACCAUCUCCAUCACCGCUCUGGCUCGCUUCGAAUUCGAAGCUGGCAAGGGCAACGACGGGACCAAGAUCCUGAUGAUCGAGUGGGAAGACGACGAUCUCGGCCGGACUUCCCCAGACAACAACAACAACAACAACAACAACAACAACAACAACAACAACAACAGCAGCAAAGGCGGCUCAUGGCACGUCGCCUGGGAAGGCAAACAGGCGGUCCUCCCCGCCGACGAGAAGACCAAGGACAACACGCGCCGGUUCUACUUCCUCCUCCCGCCGCACGUCACCAUCCCUCCGACCGUGACGCUCUUCUACGAAGCCGCCCCGGCUGACCACGACCAAACUGCUGCUGCUGCUGCUGCUGCUGCUGCUGCUGCUGCUGCAGCGGCGACGGCAAAAGCCCCCGAGCCGCUGCACCUGAACCCCCUACCCGCGAUUUUCCCGCCGGAGCUGGGAGCGGACGGCCGGUCCGCGGGCAAGAAGGGGGUGCUGCACACCAUCUGGGCGAAGAAACGGCUGCAGGUGCUGGAUAAGGAGAUCCGCGACGAGUGCCUGGCGAACGUCGAGGGGAUCGCGCUGCACAUGGCGCUGCAGGAGAAGGAGUGGAUCGAGACCAACUUCGGGGUCUCGUUGAACACCGAGCGCAGUCCGCCAGCCAGCCAUCCGGAUCCGCAUUAUCCCAUGGGCCCGGCGACCCCGGUGUCGCCCAGUACCACCAGUGGAGGGAAGCUGGGGGAGAAGCUCCGGGGGUUGAAGCUGCAGACGAGUGAGAAGGAGCUAUCGCCGAAGGGAGAGGGCCAUGCCGCCACCGCCCGCCAUCUCCUCUCCCCGCAGUCCCCAGACGUCGCCGUCUCCUCCUUCACCUCCUUCCACACUCUCCAAAGCCACCACCACAACAACACCACCAACAAUCAACCAGCCCAACCACCCUCCGACCCGCCCAUCCGCCCCAUCAUCGUCCACUACCCCCCCGAAUCUCUCCAAACCCACCAAUCCCCCGAUCACGACCUGCAACCAAACCACCACCUCCUCCAGCACACCGGCUUCACCUCAAUAGGCACAAUGACACACACCUCCAGCACGGAAUCCGGCGAGGAGCUCUUCGCCAAGGCCCUGAGUCCCCGCACGCCCAACCUGCCCCGGAGUCCCUUCUCCUUCAGUCCGGGGACUUUACAUAUGUGAGAUUUUGUUCCUGCAUCUGCAUCCGCAACUUGGGUGGCUCUGUGGUUAUCUUUGUGGUCAGUUUAUCUCUCGUCUAUAAUAAGCUUAGCAUGCAUCUAUCUGCAUCACCUUCGUGUUUUUGUUUAUCCCUUCGCAACGUGAUGCUGUUGAUAUUAGCCGUGUCGUGUCCUGGAACCCCCUCCCUCGCUUCUUGUAUGGUGUGUUGGAUGUGUGGCUUGUUUUCCUUUUUGUUUCUAUGAUUCCCCCUACAUAUCAGACAUUAUAGCUAUUAUGUGUUUUAUAUGUGAUUCUUUUCUUGAUGAUCUAAGAUUCGAAGAUGAUCGGGAUGUCGGAUCCUGGUCUUCUUCGUUCUUCAAAUCUGUAUAUAGAUGUUCGUAUGAGUAUGGUUGAGUACUUGGUGCGUUGUAUUGUAGGG